UAUAGAACAUGCUGCUAUCUAGUUAGUGUAUGGUAUACUGUACUGGUUUCUAACCUCGUCAAAUUGUGUUAAUGUAAAACGUUAGUAAGGAUUUUUAAUCUCAUCAUAUCGUGUUAAUUAUCAUUAAUUUUAACAUCGAUUGGAGUGAAAUUUUAUCAUUGUAAUAUUAAUUAAUAUAUUUCUAUCAAAUGUGUAUAAAUACGUUAUAAAGAUCGCAAAAAAUCUAUAUUAAAUAUUCAAACAAUGAUAAAUUUAAAUUUUUCAAAAAUUUGGAUUAUAGAAUUUAAUGCUUUAUAUCAUUUAAGAAAUUAUAAAAAUACUUUAAUACCAUUUAAAUUAAUAAAUAUACACAAUAAUUUUUUAUUUAAUUUGAAUAAUGUAAAUAAAUUUUCUACUGCAAAUAUAUUAUUAAAAAAUAAAGAUCGAUAUAAAGAGAAAAAAAAAGUGAUACAUAUUAAUCUUGAUGAAAUACGUAAUGUUAUAAAAGUAGAAAAUAUGAUAUCACGGUUUGAUGGAACAAUUAAAAAAUAUAAAGAUCAAAUGAUAAAAAAUCUACCUCUACGUACAAGAAUAGGUGCUAUAGAAGAAUUAACUAUAACAUUUGAAGGUGAAGAACAUAAUCUUGAAGAGCUUGUAGAAAUUAAUCGUAAACCUAAUAUGAUGAUAUUAAAUGUAUCUGCAUUUCCACAAAUAAUUCCAAAUAUUUUAGAAACUUUAUCAAAAUCUCAAAUGAAUUUAAAUCCACAACAAGAGGGUACAACUAUUUAUAUUCCAAUACCUAAAAUUACAAAGGAACAUAGAGAAGUUUUAACAAAAACAGCAAAACAAUAUUUUAAUAAAUGCAAAGAUAUUAUUAGUGAUAUAAGAAAUGAAUACAUUAAAGAGUUGAAAAAUCAUGAAAAUGCACCAAAAGAUUUAAUUUUUAAAGCUGAAGAUUAUAUAAACGCUACACAAAAAGAGUAUGUAAAAAAAGCAGAACAAUUAUUAAAAUCAAAACAAAAAGAACUUUUAGGAGAAUAAUUUUAAUUUUUAUAUUUUAUAUGUUUGCACAAACAUAAA